GGAUGUCAAAGCACAGGGGCAGCUAGGAUACAGCACCCCUGGAGCAGAGAGGGUUAAGGGCCUGGCUAAAGGGCCCAACAGUUGCCACUUGGCUUGAACCCUGAUCCUCUGAUCAACAACCCAGAGCCUUUAAAACUACAAGACAGUUGAACUACUAACGAUUUUUAUUUACUUCUUAUUCAUUUAUAGUUACAUUUAAAACAAGAGUCUUUAUUCCUCAUAGCAAUGUGUUAACAGGAACAAUUUUUUUUUCUCCAUGUAUAGUUAUGUUCAAUGUUGCACAGAAAACCAAGUUCCAAGUUUGUCAUCACUUAUGAUAUAUCAGCCAUAAAAAAUACCCCAUUCCCUUCAUAUUUCUAGUGAAGUUAAUUUUACAAAUAAGUCCUAAAGUGUUUUAUUCCACUUAUGCAACAGCAAUUUGCCAAAUAACUUCAUUAGUUUUUAUUGAUUAAUUAUUUUAUUAUUAAUUUUAUUAAUUAACCCUUUCUGCCCCAGGGUGCUGUAUCAUAUAUUUAUAUUAUAUUACAUUUAUAGAGUAUUUAAUUGUAGAAACCUUCAAGAUUCCCAUCAGGAUGAUAUCUCCAUGAUUACCAGAGCGUCUUAUAAGAGUGUUUUGGUUCAGAUAGAGACGCCUGAGGUAGAAAAAAAAAGUCUGACAGUCUUUGCUUGGGUUUUUGCAUCUGUCCAGCCUUCGAGACACCCGUGCCUUCUCUCCCUUCUCUCUCGGUCGGUGACCCACAUAACUGAAGAUGGGUGACUGGGACCUCCUCGGCCGGCUGUUGGACAAGGUGCAGAAACACUCGACUGUAGUUGGGAAGAUCUGGCUGACUGUGCUGUUUGUCUUCAGGAUACUCGUUCUUGGAGCCGGUGCUGAGAAAGUGUGGGGUGACGAGCAGUCUGAUUUCAUCUGUAACACACAGCAACCCGGCUGCGAAAAUGUCUGCUACGACCACGCGUUCCCAAUUUCUCACAUUCGCUUCUGGGUGCUGCAGAUCAUCUCGGUGUCUGCUCCCACGCUGGUCUACUUGGGACAUGUCCUGCACAUUAUAAACGAAGAGAAGAGCAUAAGAGAAGCUAUGAAGAAGGCUCAGAAUGAUCAGGUUAACAUUUUUCAGAAGAAAGGCCUCAAACUCCCCAAAUACAGCAACGACAAAGGGAAAGUCAGUAUCCACGGUCGUCUGCUGAGAAGCUACAUUUUGAAUUUGUUUUGCAAGAUCUUGCUGGAGGUCGGAUUCAUUUUAGGACAGUAUUACCUUUACGGAUUUACGCUUCAUGCUCAAUAUGUAUGUAGUCGUUUUCCGUGUCCUCACAAAGUCGACUGUUUUCUGUCAAGGCCAACAGAGAAAAACAUCUUCAUUUGGUUUAUGUUAGCGGUGUCUUGCGUGUCGUUGCUGCUGAACCUCAUUGAGGUCUUCUACCUGUGUGUCAAGAAGGUCAACGAGUGCCUGAACCGCAAACGCGACUACAACGUAACAUCUGUCACCCCGGUUUUGACCAAAAAGACGUUCGAAAACAAAGACCACAUGAUCCAGAACUGGAUGAAACGUGAGCUUCAUCUUCAGAAAAGGGAAGCUGCCAAUGAAGUGGGCAAGCACUGUAUUUUGGAAGACCACAACACUAAUGACGUAGAAGAGGUUCAUAUCUGAGCUUUGUAAACAGAACCUUUCUCAAGGCCAGUUGACACAAAUUUCCAUGAGACUGAGCACCUGUUUCUUCCAUGAUAGAUAAUAAACUAUGCAGCCAAAAAUAUUUGGACGCCUGUCCAUCACAGCCAUACAACAUGUGCUUGUUGAACAUCCCAUUCCAAACCCAAGGGCAUUAAUAAAAGUAUUAGUUCCUUCCUUUGAGCUACAACACCAUCCUCAAUUCUGAGAAGGCUUUCCACUAGAUAUUAAAGUGUGGCUAUGGGAAGUUGUAUUCAUUCAUUCACACUAGAAUUAUAAAGUCACGCACUGUUCGGGGUGUCGCUAGAGCCAUUUUACUGGCACACGAGCUUCAGUAAAACUUUACAGUGCCCCAUAAAUAAUGAAUUUGAGGUAGAUUACAGUACAUAUGUUUGAAAAUAGUAUUUCCUGUUCAUUAAACAUUAGUAUUUACAUCCUUUGAAUUAUUCCAUAAAUAAAGGCUUACUGUAGCAUCAGCUAAAGCAAAAAUAUCCCACACAUCCUUUUCAAUUGUAUGAUUAUCCCCCCACCCCACCUCCCAGCCCUUGCUGUGCUCCUCCUCCCUUCACUUUUCCCUGGUAAAACCUCAUAAUACUACAUUGUAGCUGAGGGCCUAGAAGGAAUUUCUACCAUGCUAACAGUGUUCAUGAGAAGUAUGUAAAUUUGCAUUUAGAGUAGAGGUCUAUAAUCUUGUCACAUAUAGAGUAAAUUACAGCAAAGUGAAAUCCUUUGGAAGUUGGGCUUAGAGUGCAUGAUAGAGCACCCCUGGAUCAGUGAGGGGUAAGGACCUUGCUCAAGGGCCUAACAGUAGCAGUUUGGCAGUACUGGGGCUUGAACCCUGAUCCUCCAAUCAACAACCCAGCCCCUUAACUGCUUGAGCAACCACUGCCCUUCAUUUAGUUGAAUGAAAGUAUCUUGUUUAUUAGCUUGGUACCUGCUAAAAAUACUAAAACACUAAUAAUACCUUUGUCAAAUUUUAAGGGGCCUGUGCUACCAGUACCAGAUCACCAGUGCUACCAGUAUUGAUCAAACUCUAGAAAACUCUGGCACUGGUGUUCAGUGGGGUUGAGUCAGAGCUCUGUACAACCAAUCUAACGUUCUUCCACCUCUCACCUCUAA